AUGAGGCAGUUGAGAAAAAACAAGUUUGUCUCACUUUUUCGAAGCUCACCCUUGAAUGACUUUCUAGUUCCAUUCAGAAAAGCUCAAAACCAAUGGGUGGCUCGAUAUAUCAUAAUAGUUUUUGCAUUAAUUGUCCGUUGCGCAGUGGGAAUUGGACCAUAUUCUGGUGAAAAUACACCUCCCAUGUAUGGUGACUUCGAGGCUCAAAGACACUGGAUGGAAAUUACAACACAUCUUCCUAUUGGAAAAUGGUAUUACUUUGAUCUUCAAUACUGGGGCUUAGAUUACCCACCACUAACGGCCUUCCACUCCUGGCUUUUGGGAAAGAUUGGAAGCUUGAUUGAUUCCAGUUGGUUUGCUUUGAACGUUUCUCGAGGAUUAGAAACUCCAGAUUUGAAGUCUUACAUGCGAAUUACUGCCCUUUUUAGUGAACUCGCUCUAUACAUUCCAGCAGUUAUACUAUUUACCCGGUGGAUGGGGAGGUAUUAUAACAAUGCCUCAACUAUUGACCAAACAAUUAUAGCUGCUGCAAUUUUGUACCAGCCGGCACUUAUUAUCAUUGAUCAUGGUCACUUUCAAUACAAUUCGGUCAUGCUUGGUUUCUCCCUGCUGGCUUUGGUAAACCUUCUGUAUGAUAAUUUCUGUGUUGCGGCAAUAUUAUUCACUCUUUCCAUUAGUUUUAAGCAGAUGGCUCUUUACUAUGCACCAAUAUUCUUUUUCUACUUAUUACGGAUUUGCCUCAGAUCUCCUAGAACACAUUCGGUUUGCAUUUUACGGUUUGUUUCUGUCGGAUGUUCCGUAAUUGCUACUUUAUUCCUUGAGUUUUUGCCAUUUGUCGUUUUUGGUGGUAUUGGCCAGAUCAAGCAAUGCCUUAUAAGGCUGUUUCCUUUUGAGAGGGGACUAUUCGAGGAUAAGGUCUCCAAUUUCUGGUGUGCAACUAAUAUCUUUAUCAAGUAUAAGAGUAUAUUUUCCACCAGUCAGUUGAAGACAAUUGCUCUUGUCUUUACUUUAAUUGGAAUUGCGCCUUCUUGUGGACUUAUUUGUUUCAAGCCUCGUAAAGAGUUGCUUCCAUGGUGUUUGGCAUCAUGCUCAAUGGCCUUUUAUUUGUUUUCUUUUCAGGUUCAUGAAAAGUCGAUUUUGCUUCCAUGGAUGCCAAUUACCCUUUUGCUAAACGAGGUUGACUCCGACGUCAUUUCCAUGGUUUGUUGGUUUUUUAAUGCGGCUCUAUUUUCCAUGUGGCCUUUGUUGAAAAGAGAUGGUCUUAUAAUUCAAUACGCUGUUCUUGGAAUACUCAGUAACUGGCUCAUGGGAAAUCUUAGCUGGAUCAGAAAGGCACUAAGAGCCAUUAAGCUUCCUGUCCAUUACAGAAAUUUAGCUACUCCUGUUCUUCCCCACAAUUUGUUUUGGAGAGUAAUUAUUGUGGGUUCCUAUAUUGCCGCUAUUGGUUUGCAAAUUGUAGAAUUCGUGUUUGAUCCUCCGAAGUCUCUGCCUCAUCUUUGGAUUAUAGGUAAUGUUGAGAUCUCGUUCUGUUCGUUUGCAUUGUUUUGGAUAUGGUGUAAUUACAGGAUGUUUACGCUAGCGGUGGAUGAUUCUAAGCUUAAAACUGAGUAG